GCGUUCAGGCAGGACAGGAGGGCGCGCGGGACAUCAACAAACCAGCCGGGUCAAGAAGCUGCAAGGAUGGAGAUCCGACCAGACAGGUUUAAGGCGGCCGCGGGUAGAACUCUGGGGAAAAUUAACAGGCUGAUUGAGAAGCGGCAGCCCAAUGGAGAAACCAUUGAACUCUCAGCCGAGGGCCGUCCUGAGCUGGUGGAGGAGAAGGAGCUGCCGGUGGUGGACUGUACCUGCUUUGGCCUUCCGAGGCGCUACAUCAUCGCCAUCCUGUCUGGCCUGGGAUUCUGCAUCUCCUUCGGCAUCCGGUGCAACCUGGGGGUGGCCAUUGUGAGCAUGGUGAAUGACCACACUGUCUUCAAGGGCAACAAGGAAGUGCUCGUGGCUGCGCAGUUCACCUGGGACCCGGAGACGGUGGGAAUGAUCCACGGCUCCUUCUUCUGGGGCUACAUCGUCACACAGAUCCCGGGUGGAUUUAUAUGUCAAAGAUUUGCAGCCAACAGAGUGUUUGGCUUCGCCAUCGUGGCCACGUCCGCCCUCAACAUGCUGAUUCCAUCUGCUGCUCGCUGCCAUUACAGCUGCGUCAUCCUGGUCCGGAUAUGCCAGGGCCUUGUUGAGGGUGUAUCCUACCCAGCCUGCCACGGGAUCUGGGCCAAGUGGGCUCCUCCUCUUGAGAGAAGUCGAUUAGCCACGACGGCCUUUUGUGGAUCCUAUGCCGGGGCAGUGGUGGCAAUGCCUUUAGCUGGGAUACUGGUGCAAUACACUGGGUGGCCUUCAGUCUUCUAUGUCUAUGGCGUCUUUGGGAUAUGCUGGUAUUUGUUUUGGAUCCUGGUGUCGUACGAGAGCCCCGCUGCCCAUCCCACCAUCACACCGGAGGAGAGAAAGUACAUUGAAGAUGCAAUCGGAGAGUCCACCUCCUUUCUUAAUCCUCUGCAUAAAUUUAAAACCCCGUGGAGACACUUCUUCACCUCCAUGCCAGUCUACGCCAUCAUCGUGGCCAACUUCUGCAGGAGCUGGACGUUCUACCUGCUGCUCAUCAGCCAGCCGGCCUAUUUUGAAGAAGUCUUUGGCUUUGAGAUUAGCAAGGUGGGAAUGGUGUCAGCGUUACCCCAUCUGGUGAUGACAAUCAUCGUGCCCAUUGGAGGCCAGUUGGCCGACUACCUGAGAACCCACAACCUGAUGUCCACCACCAACGUCAGGAAGCUCAUGAACUGUGGAGGUUUUGGGAUGGAGGCGACCUUCCUGCUGGUGGUGGGAUUCUCUCACUCAAAAGGUGUUGCCAUUUCCUUUUUGGUCCUCGCUGUGGGAUUCAGUGGAUUUGCAAUCUCAGGGUUUAAUGUCAAUCACUUGGACAUUGCCCCUCGAUAUGCCAGCAUCCUGAUGGGCAUCUCAAACGGGGUGGGGACGUUAUCUGGAAUGGUGUGUCCCAUCAUAGUGGGAGCCAUGACCAAACACAAGACACGCGAUGAGUGGAAGUACGUCUUCCUUAUAGCUGCCCUCGUACAUUAUGGAGGAGUGAUUUUCUAUGGACUCUUUGCAUCAGGGGAAAAGCAGCCAUGGGCCGACAUAGAAGACACCAGUGAGGAGAAAUGUGGUAUUAUAGAUGAGGAUGAACUGGCCAAUGAAACAGAGGAACUCUACCAUGGAGGCGGGCAGUACGGGGCCAUGAGCAAACCAGUUGUCGGUUCCAACGGAGGACGGACCGGAGAAGGAGGAGGUGCAGGCGGAGGCGGAGGCGGAGGCGGGCCUGGAUGGGUGUCGGACUGGGAUAAGUCUGAGGAGUAUGUGCAGCCACCUGGAUACAACUCGUACAUGUACGGAGGAGAAGAGGAGAGGGAGCUGACAUAGAAGAUCCACAUGAUACAAGUUAAAAGAAAAGAAAACAAGACGGAGAAAAAAAGGAAGAUUGUUUGGAAAGGGAUUGGAAGAGAGUCACUGCUAUACUGAAUGGACCUGCUGUGUGCUUUUGUACAAUAUUUACAAUUGCACAUAUUGCGUGUGUGUGUGUGUGUGUGUGUGUGUGUGUGUGUGUGUGUGUGUGUGUGUGUGUGUGUGUGCGUGCGUGAGUGUAGGCACGUGCAUGCAGGGGUUAGAGUGGUAAAUGUACACAGUACUCAAUAUUCAUUAGCAAAGAACUGAACUGAUAUAUCUCAGAUUAUCCUUCCUGCUCUUGAGCUCGUUCUGAUUGGUCCGGUGUUCCGUUUCCACGACAUCCCUGAAGAGAUCCAGCGUGCAUGUGCGUUUGUGUGCGUGUGUGUGUGUGUGUGCGUGCGUGCAUGGUUGUUGGUGUGUUGCCUGUACAGCAACUCUCUCAAGCCACUGGCAUAUUUAAAGUUUAAUGUGUAAGCCACAAACUUUAAUUUCUUUUGCUGGGAAAGCACUUUAGGGGCUCAGUUUAGUUUAACUAAAUGCAACAUGGGAUGCCAAUGUUGUAGUUAUCUCCCACUUUCUGGUUUAUAUUUCUCCAAAGGCUCUAAACCUUAAUAUAAAUCACAUUAAGCAUGUCGUUUAAAGAAAAUCAAUACACAAAAGAAAAGCUAAUUUUUGUUUAGGACCGAGGCCCCUUGUGGACAAACUUGUCCCGCCACUGGUGAAGCAUAUCGUUAAUUUCCCCUUUCCUCUGCAACGUUGUGUUUCCAAAAGCAAUGCACAUGUUAAGUAUUCAUUCAUGUGGCGACGACUUUAAAACUAGUAUGAAGGAGGAGAAUGGUGCUUAGGUGUUGUGUCAUUCCGUGCUUGUCUUGAUAGAGUUGUAAAACCUUUGUUCCAACAGCCUCCCCUUUGUGUGUGUGUGUGUGUGUGUGUGUGUGUGUAUUUGAAUCUACAGAGGUGUGUGUUAGAGCUUGCUUGUGGUGUCUUGCUGAAUCUCACCUGGGUCUGACCCGACUACGUCAGGUCCAGCCAGGCUUAUGGGUCACAUGAUCAUCUGAUAGUUGGGACUUUCCAUUUGGCGAGUGCGCUCCCAUCAGAGAGGUGGCCCAGAAUAUCAAGAUGAGUGUGAUAGUGCUUAACCAGCGAGGAACAACAGCUAUAAUAUUCCCAGGCAUCACAGCAUGUGUUGCAUCAUUUUCAUCUUCUCCUGUGUCUCUUUGGCUGAUUGUCCCGCCGUCGUCCUCCCGGUAUUUAACAGGACGCUUCCUGUCUUCCCCUCCCUGCUUGGUGCUGUUUCCAUGUCUUUAGUACCUCAAUUUAAUUCAUGUUUGAGUUGGUAGGUCAGCGAUUUUCAAUGUGUGUGUGUGUGUGUGUGUGUGUGCGUGUGUGUGUGUGUGUGAAAGAGAGAGACAGUGAGUGUGUCGUUGUGUUGGGUGCAGGUGCUGAUACAUUGUGCGGUGAGCGUGUUUUAAUGAGCACAGCGGUGCAGUAGCUCCCCCGCCAUCUCUCCUCCUUUUACACACACACACACAGUAAACCGAUAUCAUGCAUUUCAUGCAGUCAAGAGCACCUUGCACACUAUUUGGUAUUUACACAGAUCAGAAACACCCAUGGCAACAGAGUGAGAUUAGGAAGUAGUGUCACACACGUUCAAGGUGUGUGUUAAGCUUUGGUAACAAUGAUGGCCAAUCACAUCAGCUCCUCUCAUGCCCUUUAAAGCAGCACCAUCUCCUUCUUGACGCACUGACAGCUGGGUAAUGUAGUGGAGAGUCCAGAGGUGCGUCUCCUGAGAGGACACUAACAUGCUCACACAGGAAAGGAACUGUGGUGUUGCUACAAGCUGUACAGUACAACGCUAUGCGCCUGCACAUGGAGCCAACAUGCAUGACACAUCAUGUGCACACACACACACGUGCACACACAACAAACCUCUGCCCUCUGUGUGCUCAGGCCAACACACAACUCUCUCUUUUUAAGGAAAUUGGCAGAUGGCUCCUUUUCAGAUCAAGAAUCUAGUUCCUGUCAAUUCACAGAGGGCUUGUGAUUCUGAGCUCACUUUGUGGGCACUAAACUGCUGCAAGGUUAAAAUUAAUAUCCGAUUCAAAUCAGGGUUUAACGGUAAAAUGUGUUGGUGAGUCAAUGAAUUAUUUUUAAAAAGGGAUUAAGGCAAAUUUUGUUUUCGAGUGAAAUAUCUAAAAGUCCUGAAUGAUUAUUCCUGUGAACUUUUUAAUUUGUCAGUGUUGUAUCUGUGUACUUUUAAUCAAGUGUAUCUUAGUCUAAGUUCAUGUCUGUUCCAGUUUUGUCCUCCUCCUUGAUGAAAUGUGUGGUGAGUAUCAGUGUAAAAAUAAUAAAGGAAACGAUCAUAUUUAAACGUGGAAACAUUUGGAAAAUAUUCUAUGUAUAAAAGAUGUAUAUGUGAGAUAUCCUUGUGUGCAAUAAAAGGUAAGCAAUUUAA